AUGAUUCUGGAAGAUUUACCCAAUGAAUUGUUCAUCGAAAUCUUUCGAUGUUUAUCUACCUUCGAUCUACUUCGAUCCGUCUACAAUCUCAAUUUUCGUUUCAAUCAACUUCUCUUCGCUCAUUUUCGCACUUCUACCAUCGAUUUUCGAUCAAUAGCUCUGCGUGAUUUUCGUCUGGUUUGUCGGGAGUAUUUGCCGCUGAUAGUCAAUCAAAUAACCUCAUUGCGAUUUUCUAACGAUGAUAACACACCCCAACAAAUGGAAGUUUUUCUUGAACAUGGUUUAGCACUUCACCAACUACCCAAUUUACAAUCACUUUCAUUGUAUGCCAUUAAUUUACAGGAGGCAAUGCUCCCAACAAUCUCUCAAUUGAGAUCUCUUAAUCGUUUAAUUCUAGCUGAUUGCUAUCUGUCUUGCGAUCAAAACAUAAGUCAGAAUUUCAUCGACGCCAUCUGGAGUUUGCCGACUCUGACUUACUCUUAUCUGAAUAUUAGCUUCAAAGAAAAUAGAGUUAUUUUACCAACAGUCAGGUCGGUAUCAUUAAAAUUUUUAUCUAUUUGGAGUAUUACAUAUGAUCAAAUGCAAUUUAAUACUAUUUGCCGGCACACACCUUGUCUAGAACGAUGUUCUAUUCUAUUCAAUAUGGAUUCUCCUGAUCCGGUCGACCCUUUUCAACAUGAGUUCCCAUCAAUGACUCGCUUUAGCCUACAUUUAUCUCACAUAGAAGAAAAUCAUUUAGAGCGCAUACUGCAAACGAUGCUGAAUUUAAGGCAAUUAAUCGUUGAUAUUGAUUCUCUUGAUUCUCAUUCAUCGAGUCCAAUUUUCAAUGGUUAUCAAUGGGAAAUGAUUUUUCGUGAUUACUUACCCCAUCUUCAAGUCUUUCGAUUGAGAAUGAAAUUCUAUUUCCAGAAUGGACAUGAUUUGGAUAGACAAGUAGCUGAUUUACUUCGAUCCUUUCGCGGUCGAUUUUGGCUUGAAGAACGUCAAUGGCUCGUUCAAUGUCAAUGGGAUGAAGAAGGUCAAGCUUGUCUGUAUACAUUACCCUAUCGAUUUGCAGAUUUUCAAACGAGUUCUUCGAUGCAGUGUCUAUCUACAUGUCCCAACAAUGAACUUUUCUCAUCAUUUCAUUAUGUUGAUGAUCUUCUCAUGGAGUAUCAUGUCACUCAACCAGAAAUUGUAUCGUCUAUUCGUUUCAACAACGUCAAGGACUUAUCGAUUCAUCCUUCCAUUCCAAACCAAUUCUUGUCUCGUAUUUCUCAAUUGGAAAAAGUGACUUCCUUGACCGUUUGCAUUACGGAUAGUGCGGAUGCUAAUAUUGAUCUCCAAACUCUCCUGAAUCGAAUGCCUAAUCUUUCUUCAUUCGGUUUUAAUCCAUGGUCGUUACAUCCCAGACGUCUAUCGCUCCUUCGACUUACACAUCCAAGAAUUUCUCUACUCGAUUUGCGAUAUGCCUGGCAACAUCUUGAUACAGACGAGUGUACUAUGCUGUUACAGUCGCCUUUGGGCAAACAAUGUGAAGUUCUACUCGUUCGAGUACGAAAACGCGAUAUAAUACCUGAUCUGAUUAAUAAUAUGACUAAUCUUCGUGCACUGAAUCUUCAAUCGAAAGAUGAUCCCUUCGAAGAGACAAACGAUGAUGAAUUUGUUUCAUGGUUACAACAACAAUUACCAUCGACAUGUGUAAUUAAUCGAGAUCUUGUGUACACAACUGAUAUUCAUAUAUGGAUUGGCUAG